CACCCACUUACCCCCCACCUACCUACCCACAGACCCUCCAUCCACUCACCCAACCACCAACACUGAGUGCUAUGGCUCCAGCCUUAAGACCUAGGAAUAACCACGUUAUCAACUCCCUGGUCAUUCUGCCUUUGUCACUACUUUGAAGCCGACUUAAUUCCAUUUCUCUAGAGAAGCCUGCUGGAUACAGUGCCCUUUUAAGGAGUCAGUGACCUUUGAGGAUGUGGCUGUGAACUUCUCCCUGGAGGAGUGGGCUAUGCUGAAUCCAUCCCAGAAGAACCUCUACAAAGAUGUGAUGCAGGAAACCUUGAGGAACUUGGCCUCUAUAGGAAGCAGUUUGGGGCAUCAUGUCAUUGAAAAUAUAUAUCGAAAUUCCUGGAGAAAACUAAGUGGCCAAGUGGUGGAGGGACUCUAUGACUAUAAAGACGAUCAUCAGUGCGCAGAAAUCUUUGACUUCACUACCCAGAGCAUUCUACACCAGAACCCCUUCCCAGGAGUGCAUAUAUGUGAAAACAGCGGGUGUGCAAGAGUAGUCAUUGGCCAUUUAUCUCUAAGCGUGCUCCUUAAGCCUGACACAGAGCGUGAAUCCUAUGAAGAGCAGGACUACGGAAAGGGUUUGUACAACACUGUGGAGUUUGGAGCCUCCUCCAGUUCUCUCCCACCCUUUGAGAACCAUGAGAGUACUUACACCCUGGAGAGACUGUAUAAAAGUGAGAACUGUGAUGAAGACUAUAGAUACGGUCAAAAUGUUGAAAAGACUUUAGCUGAAGAAAAGCCCUUCCAGUGUAAGCAGUGUGGGAAAGGUUUCAGUUCUUCAAGGUACUUUCGGAGGCAUGAGCGACGCCAUCGUGCGAAGAAAUCCUAUAUAUGUAAGCAGUGUGGGAAAGCUUUUGCUUUUCCCACCUACCUACAAACCCAUGAAAGAAUUCACACUGGGGAGAAGCCCUAUGUGUGCCUGCAGUGUGGGAAAACCUUUGCCCACUCUCGCUCCCUUAAAACACAUAAAAGAACUCACUCUGUUAGGGACCUCUUUGUGUGCAAUUACUGUGGGAAAACCUUACGUCAUUAUAGUUCUCUUCAGAUUCAUACCAGAAUUCACACUGGAGAGAAACCUUAUGUAUGUAAGCCAUGUGGCAAAGCCUUCAUUACUUACCGUUCUUUUCGUAUCCAUGAACGAAUCCACACCGGAGAAACGCCUUACGAAUGUAAGCAGUGUGGAAACACCUUCAUGCGUUGGAUUCAGUUACGAAAACAUGAAAUAAUUCACAGUGGUGUGAAACCCUAUGCUUGCAAGCUAUGUGGAAAAAGCUUUACGUGUUCUGGUUCCCUGAGAACACAUGAAAGAAUUCACACUGGGGAGAGGCCUUAUGUAUGUGACCAGUGUGGGUAUAGCUUUACUCGGCUGAAUUCACUUUUAAGACAUAAAAUAACCCACACUGGUGAGAAACCCUAUGUGUGUAAUCAUUGUGGGAAAACUUUUCCUCGUUCUGCUUCUCUUCAAAGACAUGUAAAAAUUCACACGGAGGAGAAACCCUUUGUAUGCAAGCAGUGUGGGGUUGCCUUCACUACUUCCACUGACCUUCUAGAACAUGAGCAAACUCACGUGGAUGAAAAGCCUUACGUGUGUGAGCAAUGUGGGAAUGCCUUCGUCCUCUGGAGUCAGUUUCAAAAACAUAAAGCACUUCACAGCGUCCCAGUUUCUUAUAUUUGUAAGCAGUGUGGGAAAAGCUUCACUUCCUCCAGGUCACUGAAAACACAUGAAAGAAUUCACACUGGUGAGAAGCCCUACGAGUGUAAGCAGUGUGGGAAAACCUUUCUUUGGUCUUAUUCCCUUCAAAGACAUGAAAAGACUCAUAGUGAUGGGAAACCCCACGUGUGCAAACAGUGUGGGCAAGCUUUCGCAUAUUACAGUCAUCUUCAGGUGCAUGAAAAAAUACACAUUGAUGAUGAACCUUAUAAUUGUAAGUACUGUGGGAAACCCUUCUUCACUUUGAACCAUUUACAUAGACAUGAAUUACUCCACACUACCAUGGAUUCCAAUAUUUUUUAAUAAUGAAUGAGCAAAAAAAAAAAUUGGCUUGGUGGCUUUCCAAAAAAUAAGCAAAAUCACACUGGGGGUAAAAGCUGGGUUUGUGCUAGCAGUGUGGAAAAACCUUUUGCUUUGUUUCAUGGAAACAAACAUGAAGUGCCACAAUGGAGAGAAACUUUUUGUAAAACUCAGUAUGCAAAUGGUUUUUGUGCUUAAAGUUCCCUGAAGUCCAUGAAAGGACAACAGGCCUGUGACUGCGAGUGAUGUGGUGAAGCCUUCUGCAGUCCCAGAUCAUGGAGGAGACAUGAGAGAGCUCUAGAGAAACUUUUUACUUGUAUAUGUGGUGUUGUAAAAAAGCCCUUCACUUCCCUGUUCCCCUUGACUACAUGGAAGGAGUCACGACGGAGAGAAACCCUUCAUAUAUGUAGGCGAUCUUUGAUACUCUUCAAUUACCAUCACAUUCUCUCACAGACAUGAAAGAACCUACGGUAGAGAAACUUUCAAACUAGGAUUUGUGAACUCUUCAUUAUCCCAAUAGCACUCACAAAAAUGUAUGUGGGGAGAAUUCCUGUCAAAGGAAAACGAGUAUGGACACCACUUGGUUCAACUAAGAGAUAAGGAAAGAACCUGAUAUGAAGUGUUGAUUUGCUUGAAAGAGAUGUUCAAGGUUUCGUUUGGCACACAUGGAAACAAAACAUACCAGAUGAAAACCUCUGCUGUUGAAAACAUUGAAAGUCUGGAAUAGUAGUGAAUAUAGGAAAAGUUCUUUGAAAUCUUUUCAUAUUUAAUCUGAUAAAUGUCAGUAUUAUGAAGGACUGGACAUAAUUUUUUUUGUUUUUUGUUUUUCCUUGUAGCAUGCUCCAGGAAAUGCAUACACUGAAAAGAAUGUUGUCAGUACAGUAUUUUGUAUUUAUUGGAAAAUUUCAGGGGCUGAUAGGGAUGGCUUAGCCUUUAAGAGCAUUUGCUGCUUUUCCAAAGGACCUCCAAUUUGGUUUUCAAGCACCUGAUCACAGGACUCACAGCUGCAUGUGACUCCAGUUCCUGGAGAUCCGAUUCUUCCCACAUACAUGUGACAUAGGUUCACAUGUACACAUAAAAUUUAAAUUUUUCUCGAGCCCCUCUUCCCGCCCAAGAAAAGCUUUUGCUAUGUAUUCCAGGUUUCCCUGGAUCUGGUAAUCUUCCAGCUCCUAACUCUUUUACGCUUAAUGAAAGUUGUCUGCUUCCACAUUCGCAGCCAUUGACUCCUGUUCAACAGUUCAUCUCUUGACUCAUUUCUAAAUCUUACUCUCCAAAGCAAGCCUUAGGCAGAGCGUUGUGUAAUGUGGAAUGGCAGCUAAAACCCAUGAACUGGAGACCAGAAAGACCUACAUAUGAAAAAAGUAGAAAGUGCAUUCUCUUAAAUUAUUUUGUGAGGUUUCUUAAAGCAAUCAUGUGUUAGUUUAAUGAGUGAUGUCUUUUUGUAUCAAAUAAGGUGGGCGCUUCCUUCAUUGUACAUUAUGUUGAAUUUAUUGAUGAAUUGAUAUUUGAAAUAUGCCAGUCCAUAAAUACCUUUAAAAAGCAUUUUAGUAUCUAUGUAUGUGUGUAAGCAAGAAAAAGAGAGUAGGUAUGUGCUUGUAGAGGCCAGAAGACGGUGUUAUAUCCUUUGGAGCCAUCUGACAGAUAUUACAGAUAUCUGACAUGGUUGAUGUGUGUGAUAGGAACUAAAUCCUAAUCUUCAUACUAGAUCAGUAAGUACUCUUAACUGCUGAGCCUUCCCUCAAGCUCCUGCGUAAAUCAUGUUUAAUGGGUGGUUAAAAUAUGACUUGGUGAAUAUUGGAAUAGUCCUAUUGGUUUCAUUUGCCUGAUUUUUCUAUACUCUCAUUUUUCAUGACAAAAAAAAAACAACUUGGGAGCAUUGCUUAUGUGUUGAUGGUAUGGUUUAUGUGUUGGUGGUGUUCACAAAGAAAUAUUUUGGGUGUCUUACUCUAUUGCUAUGUUAUUCCCCCAAGACCAGUCUCUUUGAUCCUGGAACUAGACAGGCAACCAAGAAAACCCAGCAUUUCUUGUCUCUUCACUCCCCGUAGUGCUGGGUGGACAGACACAUUCAGUCAUUCCCAGUUUUUGUUGGUAGGGAAUGAAACUUGAGUCCUUACAGCAAGUGGUCUUUACCCAGCCAGCCUCCUCCUCAGGUAUAAACUACUUUCAAAUUGAUUUCAUCUCUUGUGUUUAUGUUUCUGAUGUCUUCUCACAGUCUUUAAGUACGUGUUCUUUCAACUUUGAAGUAUUUUCAAAAUCCUUUUAGAAUAGCAAAUGUAAGGGUGUGUUUAGUUUUGUUUUUCCUAGUCAGAAGGUAUGUGUAAGUAUAUUGUAAUCAUAGGUCACUUUUCCAAGUUGGCUUAUUUUUUUACUUUUGAGAAUUUCAUACAUGUAUACAAUAAAAGAUGAUCAUAUGUAUUCGCUAUUUCUCCUUCUAACUCUCCCUAUAUUUUCCGUAAUUCCCUUCUUGUAGCUUUAUGUCUUUUUAAUUAACCUACUAGGUCUCAUUAGCAUUGCUCAUACAUGCAUGGGUAUGGGGCCAUCCACUGGAGGAUGGGUGACCUACCGGUAGUUACGUCCUCACAAAUGAUUCUUCUCACCCCAGCAGCUAUUCACUGCCGGUAACUUGUCACUAAGGGGCGGGGCCUGGAGAUAACCUAGCCCAUCUAUCCUGGGAUUUUGGACUGCUUAAUUUUAUAGGUUGUGUGCAUGCAGUCACGUGGUGCUAUGAGUUCAUGAUCCUAGUAACCAUGUCAGAAGCCCCGGCACUUCACAGUUUUCCCCGCCCUUUAGUUCUUGCAUUGUUGCUUCUUCUUUGGCUUUCCCUGAGCCUUGGUGGGGAUUAAUAUAGCUGUCUCAUUUAGAGGUAAAUAGUCAGUCUGUUCCUAGUCCUUUGACCAGUUAGGCAUCUCUCCCUUGACAGUUCUCCACAGUACAAAGAAGCUAUUCUGACCAAAAUUGAGAGUAGCCAAGGUGUGUUGAUGCCAAGAGCUGAGUGGAUGGUGGAAACAUGGGGGUUUUUUGGAGUUGAUGAUGCUGUGUAGCCUUGGUUAGCCUGGAACUUUCUCUGUAGGCCAAGCUGUUAUCAAAUUGCACUUAGUUUUGUUUUUUUUAUGUCAUGAACUAUUUGUGUGUGUGUGUGUGUGUAAUUAUGAAAUUUCACUGUGUGAAUUUUGCAUUUUUGUUGUAAUUUCUCUAGUCAUUCACUAAAGGAUAUACUGAUCUUACUGCCUUCUUGCCCCAGACUGUGUUCAAUAAAUUCUACUAACUCACUCCAUACAUGACACGUGAGUGGCUCAUCUGUAAAAGGAUUCUCCCUAGAUGUUUUAAUUAGGGGGUCUUACAAGGAUUGAUUCUGCACUUAGGUAUCCCCCAUCUUGGGUGCGGUGAGGGCAAAUGUAAUUCUGCUCUUGUAAUCACAGCAGCAGUUACCCAGAAGACCGCAAUACUGGAGUUCUGGGUGAUGUAGUUUGCGAGAUGUGCUUGUCAGUGCAUCAGUGAGUAGCAGGCACUUCCACGAUUCAGAAUGUGUUAUGGUUUUUCAGCUUACGGAUGUCCUUAUAGAAUGCCCUUCUGUCAGUCAUUACGGAGCAUUUCUCAUUGGUGGAGACUUGUGACAUGGCCUAUAGUGGCAGAAGAUGUGGCCUUGCUGAGUGAGGUGAACUAGUGUUUGGAUUGUUUUUGCAUUUCUUAGUUUCUAUAUAAACACUAAUGUUUAAUACGAUGGAUGCAGUUAUCCACAAAUGUAGGUGUUCCUAGAGUUUCCUUCUUUAGGGUUACAUUAUGACAAGCCCAUAGUAAAGUGAAAAAUACAAGAACAGCACUUUACAUUCACCCUAGUGAUCAUCGAACCUCAGACUAGUCUACACCAACAUUUUUGGACCAACUUACAUUUUUCUAAAGUUGGGGAAAUUUUCGUUUUCUUUAUAUUUAAUUUUUAAAAAAUGUUUUAAAAUUAGUGCAUAUGUUGGCAUAAUUAUAGGUUUUGUCCUGACAUCGUGGCCCAGGUUUCCAUGUACUUUAACCAUAAUCACUCUCUUGUUCCCUUCCUUCUCUCUAGUGGGCCUGUUCUCUCUUCACAAACUCACUUAUGGUUUCGUCUCUCUCAUUUGUUCAAUCUAGAUUCUGUUCUGUAUACAGGGAGCACCAUUUGGGGGCUGUCAUUUAUGUGGUGAUUUCCAGUUCCAUCCAUUUUCCUGCCAAGUUUUCUGUUGAGUUCUCAGUGACCUGUUAUAGUCUACAUUUUAUGUAUGCCACAUUUGAAAUUUUUUAGUUUCUCUAUUGAUGGGCACUUAGGCUGAUUCUGUAAUUGAGUACUAGGAGGAGGAGUAUAUGAACCUGUAUACAAGUAUGCAUAGUGUAAUCUGACUUUGAUUCCUUUUGCUGUGUCUACUAAACAAUAGUAAGCAGGAUCAUAAGAUUUUGAGUUUUUGAUGAAACACUUACUGUUUUUCAGAGUGCAUAUGCUAAUGUACAUUUCUAGGAGCAGCCAUGCAGUCUCACCAGCUUGUUUUAGUUUGGGUCUUUGAUAACUAAUCACACUAGGUGAACUUAAUUGUAUUGAGAAUAUCAUGAUCCAUUGUUUGAGAACUGAUUUCAUGAUUUAUUGUUUGAGAAUAUUUUGUGAUUGUUUGAGAACUGAUUUCAUGAUUUAUUGUUUGAGAAUAUUUCAUGAUUUAUUGUUUGAGAACUGAUGGAUUCCCUGUGUAUUGAUUCAGUUGCUUGUUGUUUGCAAUGUGUGUGUGUGUGUGUAUUUUCUGUACAUUAAUGUAUAAAAUGUACUCAUUAAGAUGAAUGAGUGUCCAAGGAUAGUUCCCCCAUCCUGUAGCUUUCUCUGACAGUUGAUUCUUUUUUCUGUGUAAAAACUCUUUUAUCUUCAUGCAAUGAUUAAAUUUGGUUUUUUUGUUUGUUUGUCUUUAACAUUCUUGCUAUGGAGGCCUGGCUGGCCUGGGAUUUGCUGCAUGUACCAGGUUAGCAUCUAAUUUACAGCAGUCAUCCUGCCUUUGGUUUUUGGGUGUCAACAUUGUAAUCCUGAGGCUCUCAUGGCUAUUCCCUAUUUGCCAUUCUUCCUGUAAAUUCUUACAUUCAGAAUACCAUUGUCUGUGCUCCCAGCUUUAUGUAUUCUUUAGAUUUUCCUCUAUGAGUUACACAUUUUUUAGGCCUUAUGUUAAGGUCUUCGGUUCAGUUUGAGUUGUCUUUUGUACAGAAUGCUAGAAGCACUUAGGGAUAUUCUUGUGCAUACAGUGUUGUUUUCCUUGUUGAAGAGGCCAUUUAUUAUACUAUACAUGGUUUGGAUGCCUUUGCUGAAAUCAGAAGAUUGCAGCUAUGUGGUUGUUUGGGCACUGUACUCUUCCAUUGUUCUAUGUGUCUGCUUUUACAUUAUACUGUUUCACUAUGGUUUUAUAGCAUAAUUUGAGUAUUACGAUAACUCUAGCUAGCAUUGCUUUUUGCUCAGUGUUACUUUGACUAUUUGGGGUGUUUUGGUUUUCUUACAAUUACAGGAUUGUGUUUUCUAUUUCUGUAAAUAAUGACAUUGGAGUUUUGAUAGAGGGUUGUGUGAAGUCUGCAGAACACAUUACACUUUCUCAUAUUAUAAUGGUGCUGAUUUGUGAGUAUAGGGAUGUUUCCCAUUUUUCAAAGAAGUCAAUUCUUAAGUGUUUUUAAAUUGUCAUUGUGUACCCCUUUCACUGGCUUGACUAAGUUUAUUUAUUCAUAGAUAAAUUUGACUUUUUGUCUUAUAACUUAUUUCCUAGGCUUUUGGAACAUUUUUUUCCUUGAUUAUUUUAUUACUGUUUUCAUUGUCAUAUAAACAGCUACUGAUUUUUCUAUAGUGACUUUAUUGUACUACUUUGCUGAAGUAGUGAUCAGAUGUAGUCUUUUGGUGUGGCUGCUUGGGUCUUUUAAAAAUAUAAUCACAGGAACUAGAGAGAUGACUCAGCAGUUAGGAGCACCGGCUCCUCUUCUAGAGGCCUGAAGCCUGUUUCCCCAGCACCUACAUGGCAGCUCACAUCUGUAACUCCAGUUCCGUGGGAUCCAGCUCCCUUUUCUGGUCUCUGGGCACCAGACAUGCACAUGAUACACAGACAUACAUGUAGGCAAAAUAGUUUUUUUAAAAGAUGAUCAUAUUGUCUACAAAUAGAGAUUUGAUUUUUUUUCUUUUUUUGGUUUUUUGAGACAGGGUUUCACUGUAGUUAGUUAGAGCCCGUCCUGGAACUAGCUCUUGUAGACCAGGCUGGCCUCGAACUCACAGAGAUCCACCUGCCUCUGCCUCCCGAGUGCUGGGAUUAAAGGCGUGUGCCACCACCGCCCAGUGAGAUUUGACUUCUUAUUUCACUUCCUUUUUCUUUCCUUAUGUUCAUGACUGAACUGAGGAGAUCGUGUGUGGUGGGCAAGUGCUGGACCACUGAACUGCAGCCCUGUACUGAAUCCCUUUCCUUUCUUUUCCCUUAUUUUUCCAACUGAGAACUCAAGAGAUGUAUAUUACAGUAUAGGGAAGGUGGACACCUUUGUGCUAGUCCUGAUUGACUUUAGUUUUCCUGUUUGGUAUAAUCUUGGCUCUGGUUUUGUCGUGUAUAACUUGUUACAGUGAGCUGUGUUCCUUUUCAUAGUCUUUUCAGGACUGUAUCAUCAAGGGACAUUGAACUUUGGGCAGACUUCACUUCUCCGUGUAGUGCAGUGAUGGGGGACUUCAGUCCUUGAACAUCUAUAUUCUAUCUGUGGAAACUCAUAUGCAAAGAAUGAAAUCAACCUGAUCAUAGUUUGUGGUAUUUUUAAUAUGUUGAAUUUGUUUGAAAGUAUAAUUUUGAGGGUUUUGUUUGUUUUUGAUCUGUUUUCAUCAAGGGUGUUUUUUUUUUUUUUUGUAUUUUUCUUUGUUGUUGAGCCCUUCGUGAUUUUGCUAUCAGGGUAAUACUGCCUUCCAAGAAUAAAUUUAUUCCAAGAAUAAAUAUAAAGUUUAGUCCCUUUAUAUUUAGUGAAAUAGUUUAAGAAGCUUGGUUGAAUUCAGUAGUGAAUUCAUUAAGUCCUAUAUUUUUCCUUUUGGGGACAAAAUUCAUUACUAGCUUAGUUAUGUUGCUCUUUUACAUUGGUCUCAUUCUCUUCAUUUUUUCUUCAUCUGUUCAUUUUAUUUUGUUACUGACUUGAGAAUUUUAUGCGUGCAUUUUGAUCAAGCCCACCUAUUCCCAUUCCUUGCCUUCGAAUUCUUCUAUCCCCGUCACCACUUUUCCCGCUCCAUUUCCAUUUGCUUUCUUCCAUGUUUAACCUGUAGAGUUUCCUUAAUGCUGCAGUGUGUGCAUGGGUGCAGGCCCAUCCACUGUCGCAGGAAUAGCCUCUCCCUGAAGAAAACUGACACUUCCUCUCCCAGCAGUCACCAGCUGUCAAUGGAUACUCAGGGGCGGGGCUUUCUAAACACCUCCCCCUUCCAUGCCUGGAUUUUUGUCUGGCUAGAGCUUGCAUGCAAUCACAGCUGUUGUCAGUUAGGAAGUAUGUGCAACUGUCCUGUUAGGUGAGAACACAUCAUGUGACUAUAAUAAUCCACUGGCUCUGGCUCUUCCAGUCUUUCUGCUUCCUCUUUCAAUAAUGGCCCCAGGUCCCCUGAGAGAAGGGAUUUGAUACAGAUACAUGUCACAUUUAGGGGUGAGCCCUCCAUAAUCUCUUUUUCUCUGUAUGAUGACCAGCUGUGAGUCUGUCAAUUGCCAUCUACUGAAAAACAAAGGACAAAAACCAAACAAACAAAAUACCCAGGCUCAUGAUAAAGGUUGAGAGAGAGAAAUUUUUCUAUGGGUGUUAAGAUACCCAGAAGAGAUGGAUUUAGCACCAUGUCCUUUUAACAGAAUGAUAGUAGAAAGUUCUCCAUAUUAAUGGUGCCAGGCAUGAGUUCCAUCUUGUGGAGUGAGUCAAAAAGUGAUUGGUUAUUCCAACAACAUUCAUGCCAUAGCCAUGGUCAUAUCUUGUCAGACUGGUUAUCAUUGUAGACCAGAAGGGUCUCAGCUGGGUAGGCUUCCUGCAGAGUCUUCUCCUCUGGUAGUAGGCACAGCCAUUUCAGCACCAUGAAGGCUAGCAAUAGGAUGAAGCCUCUAGGUCAGAAUAAACUUGAUUUCUUCAUGUUCUGUGACUCAGUAAGUGGUGUCUUCAGUAAUAUUGUCUUAUCAUCAAGUUCUGUGUGGUAACCAAGGACAAUAGCAAUAGCCUAUAAUAUUGGGGAAGUUGUCUAUGGGACUCCACCUCGACUUAAUUUUGAUAUUUCAUAACUGUCUUGAAAUUAUCCUUGAUUUUUCAGUUUGUGAUAGCAGCUUUCAAAGUAUCCUCAAAUCAUCCUCUGCAUUUUAUUUCCUGUGUAUUAUAAUGUCUCCCUUUCAACCCUAACUUUAUUCAUAUGAAUAAAUGAAUAAAACAUAAGAUAAUAAACAGCAAAGUACUUAAUUAAAAUUUUGUAAAUAUUAUGACUGCCUGAAAAUUGCGUAGGGAGCAGCUAUAGGGUUGGUUUUUUUUUUUAUUUUUUUCUUUUUUUUGGCGUGGUCACCCUUCCUUGGUGUACUUUUUGGUGGUCACCCUUCCUUGGUGUACUUUUUGGUGAUGCAACUGACUUUGAGUCAUUCAUAUGCCUGUAAGUAACCCCUCAUUCAUACUCCUGUAAGUAAAUCUCAAUAAAGUUAUUGUUCUCCA